UGUUGUUGCUUUUGUUUGUUUGUUUGUUUGUUUGUUUGUUUGUUGAUGCCCUAACGCGAUACAACAGCGUCACGUUUUAAGAGGCUAUACGUGGAAUCUUCAAAUAGAAAGUUGGGAUCAUGUGGCUUCGCGUUUCUGCUGUGAAAUCCAGCUCCUCGGCGUGAGCUGCAGGCACGGUGACACAACCACCUCGGGGUCUGUUCAAAAAGAAAAAACAACAACAAUUCUAUUAGUGUGUAUUUAUUUGUGACAGAAUAUGAAAUGACGCCCACUGUCAAGAUUCUCAACAAAUUAACGUAACUGGUCGAGAGGAUUUGUCAAUAACUUCCGUCAAUGUCGUUUUGACUCUGACAUGAAUCGAUCCAUGAACGGUUGUUGUGCCUAAGCAGCUGAUUAACCUCAACUAUCCAUCAUAUGCGACUUUAAGCCCUUUUCUGGAUCCAAACAGUAUGGUUGAGUCUCUGGGCUCUCAACCCGAAAAAUAAUAAUAGCGUAAAAAUCACUGCCUCGUUCACUCAUUUACUUCUCCCUUUUAAAUAGAAAACCAGAUUUCAACUCGUUACUUGACAUUUGGACAUUUACUCAUCAUUUUGCGUCAUCUCUGACAUGUAUUACAAACCAGGAGACCAGUUUUUCUUCUCUUUUCCAACUAACAGUUAUCAUUACAAAAAAAUCACAAGCGCAGUCGUUCUAUAAUCUUUACCAAGUGUUUAUUACUAACAAUGACAACCACACUACCAUAUCAUAAGUCGUCAUUUUAACCCAAACUACAAUGUUUCCCUAACCUUUACAAGGUGGGCAGUAGAAGAAAACAACUUCACAGCAAGGUUAAAGAGCACCACUCUGUUGUUGUUAGCUAAACGUUAACAGGAAAAAGGUGAUUGUAAUUGCCUCAGUUGCUGAAUCAGCCAUUAGCAGUAAUCGCUAUUCCACCAAAAACAAGGAGUCUUAGACAAGGAAUACAUAUGCAAAGUUAGUCGAAAGCAUUUAUUCAGUGUAAGCCCAGCCUUUGUGAGGCAAAUGUAAUAAUGUUAGGUUACUUAAAAAAUGUCAUCCCCACAUUUGCAUAAAAUUAUUACAUUUGCAUUAAAAUGAAUGCAAAUGCUGCUUAAAAAUACAAAACAUACAAACAAACAAAGAGAAUACAUUCCAACCUGCGCACUCCUCAAGAUCAUUAGAUGCACCUUUGUGUUAUUCCAAAAAAAAAUGAUAACUAGGAUAAAGCUGUAUCUUGCUAUAUUGGUAUCAACAAGCAAAAUUAAUAAAUGAAUGAAAUACAGCUAGUAAGUAAACAAAUUCAAUUUAGUUUUAUUCAUUUGGGGUUUUGAAAUAUGUGUUAGUGCGCUCUUUAAAUCAAUCAAUCAUUUAACUUGACUGUCGGAGACUGGCAGAUUGUCAGUCGCCUACAUUACCCAGAAUUCCACGCUGUUUUUUGUUCUGUUUUUUUAACCUCCGUUACUCGUCUGCGUGGCGUUGUUGUUCUUGGUUUGUUGCUGCCAUGCAGUGCUUUCGCUCCUUAUCGCUGUGCUCCAGAAUGAAUCACACGCUCGACUGACACCGACGAGGUUCACGAAGAAGAAAAGCUUGAACAUGAGAUGGAGAUCACUCGGACCAGACCGUCCUUGUUUGGAGAAAUCGGUAAGUAGGUCAGCUGGACUGGACGCCUCGGCAGGCUCAGUUUUUGUUUGGUUUCCCAUAUUUGCAGCACAUGGUCUUGGGUUCUGGACGGACCGGUCAGCAGUGCACGAGGCCGCUGCACAGGGCAGGGCCCUGCAGCUGCAGCAGCUGAUCGAGGCAGGUGCAGCGGUAAACAUCGUGGCUGUUGACUCCAUCACGCCGCUACAUGAGGCAUGUAUACAGGGACAGACCCAAUGUGUCCGACUGCUGCUGGACGCUGGUGCACAGGUGGACGCUCGCAACAUCGAUGGCAGCACUCCACUGUGCGAUGCCUGUGCGGCCGGUAGCCUUGAAUGCGUCAAGCUAUUGCUGGAGUAUGGAGCAACAGUUAACCCUCCGCUGUUUACCUUCUCACCUCUUCAUGAGGCAUGCAUGGGAGGUAACUCAGAGUGUGUCCAGCUGAUGAUUGAUCAAGGUGCUUUCAUGGAGGCCCAUGACUGCCACUAUGGGACACCGCUUCAUGUUGCCUGUGCCAGGCAACACUACGACUGCGCCAAAGUUCUCCUCAGUGCAGGUGCAAAUGCAAAUGCUGCCAAGCUACACGAGACUGCCCUCCAUCAUGCAGCCAAGACAAAGAACGUCGACUUGGUUGAGCUACUUGUGGAAUUUGGGGGAAAUGUGUAUGCCAGGGAUAACCUGAACAAAAAACCCAUCCAGUACACCAGUCUGGGAUCUUGCUGUUACCUCUGCAUUGAGUUCUAUGAGAACACUCCCCUCAGCCUACAGCAAAUCAGCAGAGUGGCGCUGAGGAGGGCUCUCGGCACAAGGGCACGUGAAGUUGUUUCCAAGCUGGGCUUGCCCAAUCGCAUCAUACGUUUUCUUUCUCACAUACCACCUCCAGUUAUUGAAAUCUAGUCUCUAUGAGAAACUUGAGAUGCAGCUCUGAAGAGGGUUAAAUCCAGACCUGGUACAGCACACAUGAAAUAUCUAAACACUGCCAGACUAGUUGGGUGCACAGAGAUUUCACUCAGGCUGUUGACCUAAACUAACUGACGUAACUACUGCGACAUUAGCAGAUUUUUUAAGUGUGAAAGAAAGAAAGUAAAGAAAGGAAAGACACACCUGCUUAUCGGGAAAUCACGACUAACCUGUCUAACCGGACUAACCACAGCAGACAAGUAGCUUCUUUAGCAUCUCACUGGAGUCGUGUUUUCUGGCCACCAAAUGAGUGUGAUAUCUAAUACUAUCUCGUCUUUCACCUCUGGUUUGGUCCACCAGCUCAUUUACUUGAACUCUACUGUUUCAUGCUUGGCAGGUCAUAAACAAUUUGUGCUAAGGCUAAUGGAUGGUUAUGAGAGUUAUGACUCAACCAUACAGUGUGUGUGAAGGCUGAAAGACCAUCACAACUAGGGUUAGGGGCCAUGCACAUUUUUGCACUUGUUACAGCAGGACAAACUACAUAUUUAUCGUGCUUAUUAGUACAGUCUGAUAACCUCAGAUCAUUUUCAUCAUAUCUCAGUCCGCCUCCGAACUGAGAUGAUGUAUAAUCAGCCACAAUGACUGAGCUCAUGUUGCAAAGUUACUUCGUGAACGGCUUUUGGCAGCGGCGCUGACAAAUCACAUCACUCAGUCAAUUGAGUCGGUGUCAAUAUUAGUAAUUCUUCAUUAAUUAUUGCCCUAAUGGAGCCUGAAAUAAAUAAACACGAACUUGGCUCACCCAUCAUGACCAAGUGAGCAUGACUUCGUCAUAGAUCCUGUACUUUGUUUGACCAUGAGGUAACAAGAAGUGAUUCAAUAGGAUUGUAUCAUUGUGUUUAUUUUUACAUAAUCGGUGACUUAUUAUUUUGAAUGUAAAUUUGUAAAUAAUGCGGUUCUACCUCUAUUAAAUUUGUGUAAAUAAAUAGACCAAAAUUAUUUGGGGGGCUUUGUGUGUUUUUAAAUCCUAAGUAUUCUGAAUUCAAAAUUGAUUUAUUUUCUGCUAAUUCAUUUCCAUAUGGCAUUGAAAUAGAUGGAAAUUGCCCUUGGACUUUAGGAAAGAUACAAAAACUCUAUUGUAAACAUUUGAAAUGGUAUGGAGAUGUUAAUUAGGGAGCUUUGGAAGAAAAAUGUGCGACCGUCAGGGUGGUCCAUUGAAAACAAAGUCUGACCAGCGCUUAUACUCAAAAAAGAAAAAUAUAUUUAUGAUUAGACGAGAGAAGUCUGCAGCCAGAACCUGACAUGUAAAUGAGACGCAAGUAAGCAAAGAAAGUAAAUGGAUUCCUUCAGUCUGACUCACAUGAAACACGUCCCAACAUGAGCUGCCGCUACAAAGCUUGACAGGUCGCUAACAAUAUGAAUAUAAACAGAAUUAUACCAAAUAUGUAAAUUUUUAAAGUCGUCUUGUUAGAGUGUGUGACAACAACGAUUGUAUUAUUUUGAUUUUGAUUUUGUUUUAUUUAUUAUAAUAUUUCAUAUUUGUUUUGUAAAUCGUAUGCUGGAGUUGGGCUCAAGUAACGUGUCCUGUAUAAAAAUUGGAAGUGUAUUAAUUUGGAUUUUUGGAAAAUGUUGUCAUUGAAAGGUUGACCCAGGUCUAUCUCCCACACUGGCUUCCCGAAAAACUAGUUUGGAAGUCUGAUGUAGGAUGUCACAUCUCAGAUUGUUAAAUGAAUGCCUUGUGAAGCAUCAAUGUAAUGAACAAUGUACAAUGUAAAUAAAUAAAUAUAAACAUA